GCGUGUGUUUGAAGGUGUAUGAUUUGAAUGUUUAAUUCCUUUGUUUUUAUGUGUUAUUUCAUUGAGGGUUUGUGACGUGAAUAAGCGUGAUUCGUGGGCGCGUGAUUGUGACCAGCUCUUGACAACGAUGAAAGAAGGAUUAGUCCGCCCUCACCACGUCAGGCCAUGGGCGUGCAAAAGCGUAGGUGUGAUUUUGGCAAUGGUUAUUCUUCUCGUUUUCUACAUCGCUUUUACACCGUCUUAUACCAGUUGCCUCCUGAAAUCUCUAAACGGCCCUUUGCCAGCCGACGACCCAGAAUUUCUGACCUAUCUUAGACAAGAGGUUCUCGACCCUCCCUCGAACGAGCCCUAUAAUCUCUUGGGCGAAGAUAACAUUGGCCACAAGAUCAGGGAGAGGAGCGAGCUGUUCUACGAGGAGAAACUCACAGCUCUCUUUAAGGAUGUGCGCAACGGAUUCUUCGUCGAGGCCGGCGCUCUUGACGGGGAGACGAUGUCCAACACCCUGGCUCUGGAGCGGGACCUGGGCUGGACGGGCCUCCUCGUGGAGCCCGACGCCAAGAACUACCGGCUCCUGAGGGGGAAGAACCGGAGGGCGUGGUCGGCCAACGUCUGCCUUGCCCCGAGGCCUUAUCCGUCCGUGGAACUGUUCAACGAGCCCCCCCACCAUCCUGGACCGAUGGCAGUGCCACUGGGUGCCAAAAUGAGGGCAAUGCAUGCUUUGACAGAGUAUUCCAAUGUUAAAAGUAUGGGUAAUGUGUGGUUUCUGGAAGUACCGUGUAUUCCCUUGCAGUCGCUUCUACUGGCGAUGAAGGUGGAUAGAAUUGACCUUCUUGUGCUCGACGUCGAAGGAGCAGAGAUGGCCAUUCUCGACCAUCUUGACCUUGAAAAGUUCAAUGUGCAGGUCCUCUGUCUCGAGUGGAAAAACGUAGCGGACAUCGACAGUGUCUCUGACAAACUACAGAGACGCGGUUACGUCGAAGUGGCACGGAAAGUUCGAGGAUAUAAUUCUUGUGAAGGAAGACUCAGCUUACGUCGGGAUUUUAGAAAAGGAGAAGAUGAGAGGGGACGAGAGAGAUUAGAGGAAGGAGGAAGGAGGAAGGAGGAGAAAGAGAGGAAGUACGGCAAAGUACGAGGUAGAGAGGAAGGAAGGAACAAUACGGACAUUUUAACACGAGUGGGAAAACAAAAAUCAAGAUUUAACACAGUGGAUUAUAGCAUACAACAUCGUUCCUUCACACAAGAAUCAUCUGCCUUCGAACGCACCAACUCGACGAUUUUCUUCCAAGUCAUCAGCAUUAACAGUAUCAUUACCUUGAGGUCCCGGGAUAUUGCUGCCUCCGCCUGUGACCGGUUCGUUACCCUGUCUUCUGAAACAAGACCAGGCGCAACCCCACAGCCCACUAGGGACGAGCAACAGCAUUGUCCCAGAUUCCUGAGCGCGCUUGAUGAAACUCUAAAUGUGCAUCCGCCCAAAAACUCCGCUUCCCGCCCACGCCCACGGUCGCCCCAAAGCCCAUACUCCUUGGACGUCACCUCCGCCCUACGCCCAUACCCUGAGCGUCACCUCCGCCCACCUCUUAACCUUCACGGGACGAGGAACUUCACUCGUCACUCGGCCGCGCCAUGA